AUGGAAUCACUUCAGAGUAAACUCGACAACCUUCAACGUGGAGUUCACGCCCUCACUCAAGACUUGAAGUCACGGGAUAUAAAUAAAUUCACUGAGCUUGUUAAUCAAAUCAUGAGAGACAUGAAGGAUAUCGCAUGUGCGUUUAAGGACCCGAACCCCGAGGAACUCAACGACCGAGAGGCUGUCUGGGAGUACAACAAGCUUCUUCAGCUGACGGACUUUGACGUUAAACUUGCACACUACAAUAUGGACCGCGACACGGCGUUUAAGUAUCCCUGGAUAACAAUCAAAAACUGCGAGGAGCGUCUCAAGAUCCUAGAGCUCUCCAUACAGGUUUUUGCUGAUACCAUGGUUGAUGCUGGAUCUAGCAAGAUCGCCUGUACCCCACCAUUUACAAAGCUUGCUAUGAUGUUCGAGACUAUUGUGACUGAAUAUCUUAAGCUUCGCCAUCGCCGUACUGCUAUGCAGCUUGAUGGGGCGGUAAAGGACAAGGGGGUAGGUCGAAAUACGCAGCGCUUGAACAAGGAAGAGGUGCUGAGCUAUGUGUCUCGUCCAUUCUCCAAGGAGUUCAUUACCAAUUGUCUUCGUCAAUACCACGUAAAGAGCAUCCCUCGCGGCGCAAUUUAUCUCAAGGCCAAAGAACAGUACGACGAGGAGAACAUCCGUCCUCCCCAUCCUCUUCUUCAGAGGUGCAAGCUUGACUUCUUGGAUCGUGAAGACGGUGUUUUGCAUUGGAGUCUUGGAGGUGUUGUUGCUUGGAGAUUCUAUGGCGAGGACUCGUGGAUGGAUCGCUUUGGCCAUGUCAUUAAUGAGUAUGAGUAA